AUGGCAAACGCAUUCGAUAAUCGAAAUUUUAUUCCGGGUAAACAACAAACUUUUUAUUCUGUUGUUUCACCAUCAUCACGUCCUGAUAUAACAAAUGUUCUUUGGGAAACUUCAUCAUCAUCAUCAUCACCUAAAAUACAAUCAUCAUUAUCAUCUUCACCACAAGCAUCACCAAAACCAAAUCAUCCACCACCCUCAUAUGAAGAAAGUAUUUUUAAUAAAGCUUUAGCUAAUCGUCAAAGCUCUAGAUCAUCACUUCAUUCACCUUCAUUUAAUUAUUAUUCAAAUCAUCAACAGCAAAGUAGUCCAAAUCCAACCAUAGCACCAUUUAUAUCCUAUUCAUUACCAUCAACACCCAAUGAAUCAAAUCAUUAUCAAAGACAACAGUCCACAGCAGCAGAAGGAUAUUAUUCGUUUGUUUCACCACAUCGGAGUUCAGAUACAAAACCUCCACCGCCUGCUCGUAUGCCAAAAGUAACAUCAACAACAACAACAACAACAAAUGAUACUAGUAAUACUAUUCAUCGGACAAAUGUUCUACCUCAAUGCUCACCAAGUGGAAUGAAAACAACUACAACAUAUCUUAAUACAACACAACUUUAUUUAACUCAACCAUUAUCUCGAGAUCAACCGAUGGCACCACCUCCACCACCACCACCACGUUAUCCACUUCAUCCACCAGUUAUUCCACCACGAGGUUCACCUGUAUGUCAUCAGUCAAAUUCAGUAAUUAUUUCUGAUUUUAAUGCAUCAGCAUCACCGAAACCAACUAAUCAAAUGGUGUAUCGAUCUCCUGUUAUAUCAUCAACCGUAAAACGAAAUAAUAUUGCUGAUCCUCACACACUCGAAAGUCAAUUUCAUUCACUUUCGAUUAAUAAUCAUCAUAAACAUGAUACAAUGAAUGGACCAAUCAAGAGAGAAUAUUCUAUUGGUCAUUGUCGAAAAUGCGGCGAAAUAGUAGCAAAUUCUGAUGAUGCAUGUGAUAUAGCUGGUCAAAUCUAUCAUAGCUUUUGUGCUGUGUGUGUGUUAUGUGGACGAUCAGUAAAAAAUAAACAUUUUUUUGUUAAAGACCAAUUGUAUUGUGAAGAAGACUUUUUGUAUACAGGUUUUCAUCAAACACUAGAACAUUGUAUUGCUUGUGGCCAUUUAAUUACUGAUACAAUUUUACAAGCGCUUGGUCAAUCCUAUCACUUAACAUGUUUUAAAUGUUCGAAAUGUUCGAUUUGUUUAGAUGAAAUUCCUUUUAUAACGGAUAAAAAUCAAAAUUUGUUUUGUUUGCAUGACUAUCAUAUGACGUAUGGACCCCGAUGUGAUAAAUGUUCAAAUCCGAUUUGUCCAGAAGAUGGUUCAAAUGAAACUGUGAGAAUUAUUUCCAUGGGCAAAACAUUUCAUGUUCAAUGUUAUCAAUGCCAAGAUUGUUCCUUGCAAUUGAAUGAUGAACCGGAUCGUCGUUGUUACCCAUUAGGUGAUAUCCUACUUUGUCAAGCAUGUUGUCGACGACGUAUUGCUUCUAUGAAGAACAAUUUAUGA